AUGUCGCUCUACGAAGUCUGGCAAGCAGCUGCGAGCAGCCCCUUCCAACCCACGGUUGGUAAGGACAGCCAACUUACAUUGGGACUGCUAUUGUUACUCAUUGGGGUUGUUCUCACUGGCCUUUUCGGCUUGAAUCGAACUCUCCUUUCCAUACCUCUCUUCGGUAUCCCAGCUUCUUUGGCGUUUGGUUUGGGUGCCGUCUACGCUAUCUGCGGAUUUGGUGUAUACGUCUAG